AUGGAACAGAAGAGUCCUUCUGCUGGAAUAGUAGAAGAGAAAGAUGACUUACAAAUGGAAGAGAAGAGUCCGUCUGUUGAAAAAAAUGAUGAGAAGAACAAUGAUGACAUACAAAUGGAAGUGGUUAUGUUUGACACUCCUCCAAUUACAACAAUAAAACCUGAUGAAUCUGGGUAUGUGAAUACAAGUACCACGUCGAGUUUCUGUGCAAUAAUGGAUGAGGUAGAUCAUAAAGAAACACAACAAACGGAAGAGGUUGAAGAGCAAACUGAAGAGGUUGACACUACAUCAGGAGAUGCAAUAUGCGAAGGGUUGAAGCAAUUGUAUAAUUUGGAUGCAGUUGAAGAGCAAACUGAAGAGGAAACCGAAUCGGAGGAACAAUCCAAUGAUACAAAAGCAUCAGAAAGACAACAACAACAGGCCAGUUCUCUUGUCAAACGGGUGAAGAAGGGAGAAAGGCCAAAGAGAAAGACGUAUAAACUUCAAAGUCAAACACCUCCUAAGCGUAAAAGGGCGCAAAGGAAAGGUGGAAAAGGAAAAGAGAAGAAGCAGGAGGAGCAACGGGAAAUAAUUGACCUCGACAAUCACAUUGACGUCACACCACCCGAACCCAAAAAACUGAAAAAACCACAAAAACUAAAAUUGUGGAAAUCAUGCAGUGAGAACGAAGAAAAACUCAUCCAGCCAUUCUUUGAGAAUGCAACUGAAUGGUAUGUACAACUUGAGGAGUUUACUAGCAAAUACAGAUAG